AUGUGGCUUAACAAAUCGGGAAUACUGAAGAAGGCUAUAGAUUACAUUAGAUUUCUGCAGAAUUCAAAUGCUAAACUUAAACAAGAAAAUAUGGCUUUAAAAAUGGCUGCCCAAAAACAGAAAAUAGAAGACCUUCUGGAGCACAGUUCAAAUUCUGUUAAACCUGAAAGAAACUUUAUCUCAGAGUUAUCUCCUCCUCCAAGUUCACAAGGAGAAAACAGCUCCUCAGAACCAUCAUCACCUCAGAUAUUUUCUCCUCUCUCUGAUUCCAACUCAGAUACUUUUAUGGGAUCUCCUAAGAUUCUGGCUAACUCAGACAGUUUUAUUACUACAGGAAUGUUGGAUAGAUCACGCAUGGCUCUUUGUGUCUUUGUCUUGACAAUUUUGGCCUUCAAUCCAUUCAGUUAUUUUGUUUCUAGAAGGAGUGUUAUGUUUGAAUCUGGGAAAUCAUCUUUAUGGACGGGAAGAUCUAUUUUGUCAGCCUCUCCUGUGGAUGAUUUUGAAGGAUAUUUCAGUAACUCGUUAUUUUCAUCUGUUCUGGUCUGGCUUUUGAACUUCACUGUUGUGCUAGGCUUUCUUGCCAAACUUUUUAUAUAUGGUGAUCCCUUAUUGAAAACUGGAUCAGUUUCUUCUACAGUGUUUUGGAGACAUAGGAAGCAAGCAGAUUUUGACUUGGCAAAGGGAGAUUUUGCCAGUGCUAGUUCCCAAUUAAGAUGCUCUCUACAAGCUCUGGGUCGAUCCCUUCCAACAAGUAAAUUAGAUACCUUGGCAAGUAUCACCUGGCAACUUUUGCGUCAGUUUCUUCACAGACUGUGGAUAGGGCAGAUGAUGAGCAAGAAGGCAGGUGGUCUAAAAACUGACCAAAAGGUGCGUGGCGAAUGUUUUCGGAAUGCAGCACACGUCUACCACAAGCUAAAUCAAAUGCACUUGUUAGACCAUACAGGGAUAAAGUCAAUUAAUAAAGUUAAUUAA